AAGAAUUGCCUAACAAAGAUUUAAGUUAAAAAACAUACGGUAAAAACGGUGGUCGAAAAAAGAAAACUGAAUAUAUGAAAGCAACCAGCCAUAGCGAAACGCUUUACAAAGCACAAGAAGUUCAAAACGAGAUUAUAAAUCAAGAAAUCGAUAAAAGUGAGGUGACUGGGGAAGCGAACGACAGUAAAGGGGAAAUGGCUGAUAAUGAAGUAGUCCCCGAAUGCGAGGCUGUUAAUCAAAUCAAAGAGGAUAUUUAUGAGGCUGCAAACAAAGGAAUAAACAAUGAAAAAGGUGAACAAAGCAAAGUGGAGUGCGAAGACAACAUGAGUCGCGGUAAAACUUUAAAUACAAUUGACUCUGAAGUCCACGUGUCCAAUGAAGUAAAUAUCAAAGAUAAAAGGGGUAAAACUGAAGCGGAAGAAGAGAUUGUUACAAAGUGUACAAACGAAUUUGGUAAGCAGACUGAACACAAGUCACGUGUUGAACCGCCUUGUCCCCGUAUAAUUCUAACUACACCCGAAACAGAACAAUUAGAUUUUACGCACGAGUCGUUCACAAAAUCCAAGAAACACCGCAGACUCUUAAAAUACGCCCCAGGUAGUAGUGGUAGCGACGGUGUGUCAUCGCCCACCCGGGGACACUUAGCUGGUUCUCCAUCGCGGAGACAUAAAAAAAACAACUACAGUUACGAUAACCCAAAUUUUUUAGAUUUCAAAACAUCAACGCAGGCGUAUUAUCAAUUCUUAAACCGGUACCACAUAGGCGACACUCUGCCUAUCUUUAGUCGCGAAAAUUUACAGUAUGAAGUACGUAAAUAUGGCAUUGAUCACAUAAAUGUGGGUUUAUUUGGCCAACCCGGUAGCGGUAAAUCUGCUUUGUCUAACAGUAUGUAUUACGCCAUGACAGGCAUCUACCGAGAAUUCUCCGCAGAGAGAAAAACAGACUGUGAUGAAAAUGAUUUUACGAGUACCACUGAUCGAAGAUUGGAACUGAGACUUACAGAAACCAUUUUCAUUUUGGACAACAGAGGCACAAACUUUUCUAAAUCAUCACUAAGUGAAGUAGUGAAGCAAUGUGAAGGCUUUCGAGAAGCAGAAGAGAUUGUUCCAGAGAACUGGCAUAACACUAUUGGACAAAAAUUGAAGGAUAGCUUCUCCUGUUGCAGCAAAAGACAGUUGUUUAGAAAUAGAAUCCAAUGUCCUAUCAUUGUUAGCAGUUUAAAACAAGAGUUUCAAAACAAAAACAUGAAGAAUCUAGCAAGAUUGAUAAACUUAGCUUGUGGUUGCAAUCCAGUAGUCGUGCUCACACACCUUGACAAGAUUGAAGAAAAAGGGAACGACAUUCUACAAAAACGAAAAAGAGAAUUUGAAGAUCUCCAUUGUGCUCGUAUUUUCACUCUUGCUAAUUAUACUUACAAUGAUCACAACGCCCGAAAUGCUACCACUGAUGAGACACUUGUUGAAGUUCUCUUCAACUGCUGUCUUGUAGCUGACCAAGCUACUGCAUCGACGAUAAAAACGAUUGAUAAAAGUGUUUGCUGUUAAAUAGGAAUUUUCAGAGAAAUAAAUUGUUUGGUUCCUCAA